UGUACCUUAGAGGGCGGCACCUAUUACGACCAGAAUCUCUAUUUUCUGAUUGGUUGUUUCCACAUUGGUAAAAUGGUGGUCAAAUGUCAUUUUUGAUGAACUAGUUGUCAAAUUUAAUGUGAUUUUAAAAAUAAAGUGCUUUGUAUAGGUUUUUUCGGGGUUGUCAUUAAUUUUUAAAAUGGACAUUGAUAACGGCCCCUCUGAGGGUUCUGGGAACGGAACAAUGGAUAUUGAACAGUCAUUGUUGCAACAAUUCAGUUGUAUGGGUACAACUGAUAAGGACGAGUUGGUACAACAAUUGCAAAAGUUACUUGGGAGUAACUUGAACUAUUCGACGGCUGCGUUUUUCCUGGACAUGAAUAACUGGAAUCUUCAAGCUGCUGUUUGUUCCUAUCUAGACAUUGAAUCUUCGACUAAAUUACCGUCAAUGGCUCUUGUCCAAAACCCAGUCGCUAGCGAAUCUGAGAGUAUAGAACCGAACACAAGUUUUGACAAAGUGUGGCACAUGUUCAACAAUGGAACAGAACAGUGGCCCCACGGCUGCUACGCUCAGUGUUCCGAUGGCAACAUUUUCAACGGGUGCAGAGUCUCAGUUCCGGCGCUGAAGCCCUCCGAAGACACCCAUCUGACCGUCCGGAUGACCAGUCCCCCGCAGCCGGGCGUGUAUCAGAGCGAGUGGAGGCUGUGCACGGAAAAGGGGGCCUAUUUCGGGGAUCCCAUGUGGGUCAUAAUCACGGUUGUGGAAGAAGGAACGAUGGCGCUCACCCAACAACUGUCAAGUUUUAGCGAGUUGGGGGCGUCGCCCCCCGCUCAAGUAGCCUAUAAUCCCUUUGUUCCGCAACGAUCUCAUUUAGAACAAACUCAGGACGCGACCCCCCCGCCCGGGGGCAAAGACAUGUGGUAGUGACUUUAGUGCCAAGGAACGUAACACUAUAGUGUUAUGGUACAAAUAAUUAGAAAAUAUAAACGAAAUUUAUUUUGAGUUUUAAUGGUCAAAACGAAGCUCUAUUUUUUCAGAUGUUGGAUGAUAUUAAUACGGAAUAUUUUUGUAAAAACUAAAUUUUGUUUUAGGUUACGUGUACAGUGCAUUUAUGUCAUUUUUGCGGUGAAAAUGAGCUAAGUUCUUAGUACAGUUGUACAGCUAAAUAGGCAACAAGUGGAAUAAAUAUACUUAAUUUCUUAA